AUGAGCGCAACUUCCACACGCUCCUCUCUGCCGCGCCGCUGCUUCUUCUUUUUAUACUCGCAUCACUGGAAAGGCAAACGCCGGGAGGGUGCUUUCAGAGCCGGACCCGGGAUGGGCUCUCUGGCGGCCCUGUGGACUGUCCUGGUGCUGGGCCUUGUAACCGGACUGGCGGGAUGCGCCCCCGGUUUGAACAACACGGCGGACCGCUGGGAGGCCCUCUACUCCCGGUCCCUGGCACGGAUCCCGGGGGAGAAGCGGGAGGAGAUCAGCCGGGGGAGCGACUAUCUUCUGGGCAUUAAAAGGUUACGGCGCCUCUAUUGUAACGUGGGGAUCGGCUUUCAUAUUCAGGUGUUACCGGACGGUAGAAUAACGGGAGUACACAACGAGAACCGUCACAGUCUUCUGCAGAUCUCUCCAGUGGAGAGGGGAGUGGUGACCCUGCUGGGUGUUCGCAGCAGACUCUUUGUGGCCAUGAACCAGCGAGGAAAGCUCUAUGGAUCUUUACACUACAACAAUGAGUGUAAGUUCAGAGAGAAGCUCCUUGCCAACAACUACAACUCCUACGAGUCGGUGGCCUACCCAAGGAUGUUCAUCGGCCUGAGUAAGAAUGGCAAAACAAAAAGAGGAAACCGAGUGUCACCCGCCAUGACAGUGACACAUUUCUUGCCAAGAAUCUAG